UAUUUGCCUACGUGGUGACGUCAUUUAUCGUAACUGCAGCGUGUCUCCGGUGUCCGGCCUUUAGUUCAGACUUCAGACUGCAGUCAGCUGCUUCAGUUCAUCUCACCAUCAAAUAUUUUUAUCCGAACCACACAACAGCAAGAUCAACAUGGGAAACUGUCAGCCAACCAUUUUUCCUUAUGAAGACUUUGAUGUUGUUGCUGACAUCAAGGCCAUCCGUAAGGCCUGCAAAGGUUUAGGAACUGAUGAGCAAGCCAUAAUAGACAUCCUGGCCAAUCGAAGCGCAGCACAAAGAAUGGAAAUCAAACAGGCAUACUUUGACAAAUAUGAUGAUGAGCUGGAGGAGGUUUUGAAAAAAGAGCUGUCAGGAAACUUUGAGAACGCCAUUAUUGCAAUGCUGGACCCUCCUCAUGUGUUCGCUGUUAAGGAGCUCAGGAAGGCCAUGAAGGGUGCGGGCACAGAUGAGGAUGUCCUGGUUGAGAUUCUGUGUACUGCUACUAAUGAUGAAAUUAGAACUUACAAAGAGACCUACACCUACGUGCAUGACAGAGACUUGGAGGCAGACAUUGAAGGAGACACAAGUGGGGAAGUGAGAAGGCUGCUUACUUUACUUCUUGAGGGUAACCGAGAUGAGAGCUAUGAUGUGGACGAAGCGCUGGCUGAGCAAGAUGCUGUCUCAAUGUUUGAGGCUGGAGAGGGCUGCUUUGGGACAGAUGAGUCGACUUUCAGCUACAUUUUGGCCACCAGGAACUACUUGCAACUGCAAGUCACAUUCAAAGCCUACGAAGCUAUUUCUGGAACAGAGAUUUUAGAUGCAAUUGAUAAUGAAACCUCUGGAACUCUGAAGGACUGCUACACCACACUUGUGAGGUGUGCAAAGAACCCUCAGCUAUUCUUUGCUCGGAGGCUGAAUGAUGCCAUGAAAGGGGCGGGAACUGAUGAAGACACCCUUAUCCGCAUUAUUGUGUGUCGCUCAGAGAUUGAUCUGGAGACCAUUAAAGACAUGUACCUGGAGAAAUAUGAUGUGUCUCUUAAAGACGCCAUCUGCUCCGAAUGCGGUGGAGAUUUCAAGCGCCUCCUGCUGGCCAUCUUGCACUAAGAGACACACACAAUCCGACCAUCACUGUGGACCAAUGGAGCUUUAACUAGGCAAACUUACAUGACUUAGGAAGUUUUUAGGAAUACUGUAUCUGUCACCAGUAAACUAUUUCUUAGACUUUAUACAGGCAAAGUGGAAUCUUGAGGUUGUAGUUGUUAUAAUGAUCAUUGAAAUGAUUGGCAAGUCGCACAUUUGCAGGUUUGUUAUUCCCAUAUAUCAACCACUCAAAACUAAUAACAUGGUUACCCGGAUACUGCAAAUUAUUUUGACAGCUACAGUUUAUUAUUCCACACAAUUAAAUGUCUUUUGAUAACAUAUGUCAUUUAUAUUUACAAAUGAUUAAACCAAAUAGUGUGUUUGUGACAUUUAAACGUUUUCCUCGCCGAAGGUCUGUGUUCGUAAAAAAUAUAUACUUACCUUACUUAUGAGGUAAAUAGCUGUGUAAGCGGGACAAAGGUGAGGCAAUUGGUUGUCAUCGCAGAAAUAAGCCCUGACAGUGCGAUCAGGACCCAACACGAAACGGAGGGUCUGCGAUAUUUCUGCGAUAACAACCGGCUACCUCUACGUUAUCCCUUACACAGCAGAUUGAUACUGUAAUGGGAUGCAAGGCCAGCAUUGUGUUUCUAUCGUGAAAUGUGUUAGUAUUUUUCCACAGAUUUUACCUUACAGUUUUACAGAGGUUAGUGCAAGGUUAGUUAGUUAGUUCUGAAUGGCCUCAUGAAGCAUGUGAAAAAACGGAGAUCAUCAUGUACUCUCUUACAUAUAAAGGUUUUUCACAGCGAUGGUUCUUAUAUUGCAUCGUGAAGCAUCUUUAUUUUUAAGAGUGUAAUGAUUUACAGUCUGCAAAUACCUGUUUAUAGACGUCUAUAUUAUAGGCUAUAUGCAAAUAUUUCCACAUAAUGGUAAAAUACUGCAGUAUUAUGAUGUGACUGUACUUUUACCUGGUCAGUAAUAUUUUAACUAACACAUCCAUAUUUAUAUUAUUUACAUAAUAUAUUUUAGUACAACUUACAGUUUAUUUUAAAAUAUCUUUAACAUAAAUGACCAACAGGCAGACUAUUUGAGUUACUAUCGUCCUUUCAAGAAAUGUACUUUAUUAUUAAUUUUUAUGUAUAAAAAUAAUUUGAAUACAUGAAUCAAAAUUGUUUGCUUAAAGACAUACAAUAGUCACCCAACAGGAAUAUGACCACAUGUUAUUUGCCUGUGUGGUAUCAGUGUUACUGAAAUAUUCAAGACAACACUUGCUUGUUACUUGAGAUGACCCCACACAUUUCAAUGACCAUCAGAUGAAAACUAAAUCUGGAUUAUUUUGUGUAUUAACAAAAAUAGCAAUGUGUUGAAAAUAUUAACUUGAAUAAAAUAAAGUAGUACAAAGUUUCAUGGAA